CCAUUUCCAUCACGAUCAGCCGUUCGUCGUUCGGGAUCAUGGGAGCUUUAGCCAAUUUACCCAUCCUUUUUUUGACACUUAUCUCCAGGGUUCUCUCUCUAAACCUUGCUGCUCAAUCCUUCGUGCAACUUUCUUCCAACCCCGAAUCAGGUCCCAUUCCAUAUUGUGAGAAUGGCCAAUGGAUCAGUUGUGAGCAAGUCACCGUUGACCUGACAGCAUUGAGAAGCGAUCAAACCUUGAUCUUACCCAAUGGAGAUUGGGUUAACUUGGUUGAAUCCUCGACAGGACCUGAGUCCGGAUCAUCCACAGCGUUUUAUCAAUCUGAAGACCUCUUGAACUCCAUGACCAUCACUUUCUUCACCUCGGGCUCCAAUGAAGUCAAUGCCGUCAUUCAUGAGGGCGACCAAGUAUUCAACUUGGCGCCUUGCGAUCAAACUAGGGGCCAUUGUCACGUUUUAGCCAAGGGGGACCCGGACGUGCAGGAUCCCGCGUCAAGCUACACAAUGAGGGAUUUGGAGUUGAUGACGAAGACCGCCCUAGAAGGAUUCACCGAUGUCGAGGACCGAGAAGAGCAAGGUGGAUUCGAACAAGAUGCUGACGGGACGUACGUGGCCACCAUUAAAAUCUACUACACAAGUCAAUUUGCUGAAAUAGAACCCAACGUGAAUGCCUACAUCUCAAACAUGAUCAGUCAAGCCAAUGCUUGCUUCAGAAACUCACAAACCCAAAUCCGUUUGCGAUUACUAUGUACCCAACAACUGAACAACAUCACUGAAGACCGAGAUCCGAAACAAAUUUUGACCCAAUUUGCCAACAUAAAAGGAAGCCCAGCAAAUCUACGAGGAACGGCAGAUUUCGCUCAUCUUCUUGUGCGACAAACUAUUCCAACCAAUUGUGGAAUUGCCUACGUCGGGAGCACACAAUCUCCGUUUGGGGUGACCAAAAGGGAUUGUUCCAUUGCAAGUUAUACCUUCAGCCACGAGAUUGGUCAUAACUUUGGAUGCCACCACGACCGCUUGAAUGCUAUUCCCGAAGCUAAUCGAAACGGCUACGCAUUCGGAUACCUGAUUCCAGGCACUAGCUACCGCACCACAAUGGCGUACACGCAUUACAACCAUCGAACGCCUUUAAACCUUUACUCCAACCCAAGUGUGCGGUUCCAGAACGUCCCAAUUGGCAAUGCUCAGAACAAUUGUGCCCGCAAGAUCCGAGAAAACGCCCGAGCAUUUGCCAGUAUAGGCUCAGACACCAAUUCAUGCACAGAGGACGUCAUGUCAACCUGUGCGUCUUUGGUCUACCGAUUUGUACCCACCGGCACUAGCUUGGUAGUCCAGUAUCCACUUACUGGAACCUAUGGCAAUAAUGAACAAUGUCAGUGGUUAUUUGUGACAUCAUCUGGCCGACAUUUAAUUGUGAGGCUCGAGAGCAGGGAUAUUGAAAAUUCAAGUCAAUGUCGUUACGAUAUGCUUGCUUUCCAUGGGACCCCUUCUGGGAUGUUGGGCUUCUGCGGUACUGGAUCUUUCAAUCAUAUUCCCUCUGCAGGCAAUGCUGUCAUCCUGAGUUUCACUUCGGAUGGAUCAGUUGUUGGAAGAGGCUUUAGAGUCCAUAUCCGAGCUGUCUAGAGAUUGAUCUUGUGACUUGAUGCUCCUUUCAUUUCGUCCUUUCACCCUCUCAGUAUGUCGAGGGUUCGUCCAAACAGAUUUAUCACUAUUUUAUGUUCCAAGCAACGUGUUUUAGCAAAUAAAAAACAAAAGCGAA